GAGCCCCAGACCAUGGACAUUAGGGAGCCCAGGACAGAAGGCCCCCAGGUCCAGUCUAAGAUAAGCUCAUUUAUCGUCCCAAUGCUGCUGAUGCCGAUACUGGGCUUGGCCCUGGCCCAGGAUGCAGUGCCGCUGUGCCCAGAGCAGGACCUGGAUGUGAUGGUGACAAGGACAGAGUCUGAGAUGUCAAUGAAUGGGACGCUGAUCCUGUCCUGCAGAGGCUGCAGUCACUUUGCCCACUCGAGUUUCCUGUACUGGCUGGGCAACCGUUCCUUCAUAGAACACUUACCGGGCAAACUACGGGAGGACGAGACUCGGAGGCAUCGACAGAGCGGGUUAACCUGGCUACGCCGAGACCUCAUACUGGAGGAACUGAGCCCCGCUCUGCAAAGCACCAACUUCUCCUGCGUUCUGGUGGACCCAGCCCAGGUCACUCAGCGCCACGUGGUCUUGGCCCAGCUCUGGGAGACUGAUAUGAGAGCAUCUCAAAUCCCAAUCCUCGGCCACCAGCCAGGGAGUGCCGGCCCAGUCACACCGGCGACAACUUUCAGAAUUGGGGAAGAAUCCCAGCCGGCCGAUCCAAUGGCAUCAGACCAGGCCUGACCCAUCAGGGGAGCACAUGGAUCAAGGAAGCCUUGCAAUAAAAUGU